CCCAAAAAAAACUGUAUUAUAGAAGUAAUUGUGUUUUGUCGUUUUUCAGAAUGUGGCUGGAUCCCCGUAGCAGAACGCAGAGUGAACAGCCGGAUCGUGGGAGGCUACGAAGCAAGGCUCUGAGAAUGGCCCUGGCAAGAGAGCCUGCACAACUUGAACAGACUGACCUGUGGGGGCUCCCUCCUCAGUGACCGCUGGGUUGUGAGUGCUGCUCAUUGCUUCCAGAGGUGUAACAACCCAAACACCUGGACGGUAUACCUGGGCCUGCACUCUCAGAACAAUCUCAGCGCUUCAACUGUCGUGGCCAGAAGCGUCAACAGAAUCCUCAUCCACGAGCGCUACAACGGAAGCAGCCAUGACUAUGACAUUGCUCUUAUGGAGCUGUCAGAACUUGUUUCCUUCAUCGAUUACAUACAGCCAGUUUGCCUCCCACCUCGCUUUCAGAAGUUUCCCUACCCAGGGAAAUCAUGCUUCAUUUCUGGUUGGGGAAAACUUUUUGAAGGUGGCUACACACCCGACCAGCUUCAGGAGGCUUCAGUAGAGAUCUUGAAGACGUGCGUCACCCCAGGCAACAGGAUGCUGUGUGCAGGGUACCUCGAAGGAGGGGUGGACACCUGACAGGGAGACUCUGGGGGUCCCUUGGUUUGCCAGGACUCAAACGGCCGCUGGUACCUCUCUGGAAUCACCAGCUGGGGCUAUGGCUGUGCACGGGCUUACCAGCCAGGUGUUUACAGCAGAGUCACCAAAUUCUUGGACUGGAUUCACCAGAACAUGCAGUAGUCUAUUAUACCAUCCUGCACCGACAUAACACUAUAGAUCAUGGAUAUUAAUGAUGGGAACUGUAAAUGAAAAUAAUUAAUGCAGGCAAUCAAUAUGUAAAAAUAAACGCAUUGUAAAUUGUUGUUAAAAUGUUCAUUUAUAUCGCUGAAUACUAUAUUUUAACUGCACCAGAAUGUAAUAAGGUUUGCAAGUCAAUUGAUGAACAAAGGUUUUGGGUCAAAUCAGACAACUCUGAUUGUUUUUUACACGGUAUUUUGGUUUUGCAACACCUGUAAUGGGGCCUGGCAGAGCAAAAAUGCCUAUGAUGUAAAAACCACUGGACCAAGGUGGAAGGGUGAUUGAUGACAUUGGCAGGAGAUGAAUACAGAACUUUCUAUUUUUCAAUGUUGCUUAAUUCUUUCAACAUUGACACAAUGGACAAUUGAUAGACUGUCUAAUAUAUUUGACCCAACCUGAUUAUACAUGACAGCAAAAUUAAUUGCUGUCUAAACUAUAUACGAUACAUUUAUUUGUUAUAUUUUGACCUGUGCCAUCAACUCGCGUCUCUCAUACAUUAAUUGCAAUGGCUGUGGAGCAGUAGGGGUACUCAGAGGCGAUCUAUAGAUCUUCUAGGGGACCACUGCAAUGAUCGGCGCAUCCAGACGAGAUGAUGCGUUCCACAGGGAAAACGUCCUUCAUGGAGGUUGUCUAAGAGUGUGUCCGUGGCAAGGUUAUCGGUGAUUUACCUUCACCUUCCCUGGUCAACACAGCCCAUGAGUUUGUGUGUUUUGGUUUAAUAACUACAUAAAAAAGAGACUGGUUUUGCACAAGGAGGCUGCAAAAAAAAACAAGUUUGUGAUGCAAUUCGCUUGUCACAUUAAAGUUACUUAAGACGCCUCUGUGUAAAUGGCCUGAUAUAAAAACCAUUGUCAUAGUGUGCGUAAGAAAACUAUGGGAAAAUGUAAUGAAGAAAAUACUUUAUGGAAAUAUAUUUAAAAAAUAUAACAUUUUAACUGUUUUUGUGGUAUUCCAAAAAUCAUGGCAUAUUUGAUUGGGUAAGAUGGUUUACUAGUUGGGGUAGCAAAUGGCAAUGAUCCUUCAUAAUGUGAAAGACUGAAAGCUGCUCUUAUGAAAUUUAAACUUCUUUUUAAAAACUGAUUCACACGAAGCGACAUGCUAUUUGCCACAACAAUCCGUAAUAUAUCUAAAGCAUUUGGAAAUCGAUGUAUGCUUAAUAGUAAUCUGGUGAAUAAAGAUUUUAAAUGUGUAAAGUAUAACAUGUGUGUGCCUGGGUGACUUUUGGUCAAAUCUUUAGAUUAGGGAUCUUAUAAAAAGUUCCGCGACUUUCUAUCAAAACCUCCGCCGCAGGGGCCGAUCUUGACACUGCUGGCACAAGUCAUCAACAAGUCAAAUCAGUUCCAAAUCGUCUUGUGCCACAUCAGUCCAUCUCUUUUCGAGCCUGUGCCACACCUGUGUAGACCCAACUAGUCAAACAGAAGCUGAUUCGGCAUGCCGUAGAUGUACAUGCAGGAUAUAUGACCCAGACAACUCAGCCCUCGUUUGACAGAGGGGCUCUGAUGAUGGGAAUGCAUCCAGAUCUUUGAAGGAUCUGUGAGCUCACACAAUCGUCUGGUUAAACCCAGGAUAGAUUGUAGGCAGGCUAGCCUGAAUGUUUAAAACCGGCACAGAUGUUCCAUUCGAGGGCUCCACAUUUCGCAAGCUUAGAGAAGUGACAACUGUGGUGGAGAAAACCCAGAGCUUUGAAGUGAUAGACCAAGUUCCUUCCACACAGCGUUACGCAGAUAAUGAAAAUAUACUGCUGCUCGAGUGAUUCGUAUUGAGGCAUGGGCUCCCAAAACAGGAGCUAGUCAUAAUCACACUACCCAGGUAUGGAUCAUUUUAUUAAAUAAAAUACCCAGGCAGGUGCUUUGUGUUGU